CAUCCUCCUCUUGCCAUGGCGCUGCCCUGGGUCCUUGCAGUCUUGAGCCUUCUUCCCCUGCUGGACGCCCAGAGCCCGGCGUGUCCCAAUUUCUCGGUGCCCAUCACCAAUGCCUCCCUGGACCAGAUCUCUGGCAAGUGGUUUUAUAUCGGCUCGGCUUACCGCUUCCCCGAGUACAAGAAGGAAGCUAGCAAAAUCCAAGCAGGCUUCUUUUACUUCACCCCCAACCACACGGAGGACACGAUACUGCUCAGACAGUACAUGACCAUAGGUGAUCAGUGCAUUUAUAACUCCACCAACCUGAAGGUCCAACGGGAAAAUGCGACCCUGUCCAAAUACACCACCCACGGAGGACAUUGCCGUGAUCAGCUCAGGAAAUGGAGAGACAGGAGCCCCCUUGUCUCUCUCACUCAUCCUGCAAUUAGACCUGGACUCAACCCGAGGUUGGUUCCAGUCCUGCCUCCCCUCCACUCUUUUUGUUUUUUGUAAAUCCUCACCUGAGGAUAUUUUCCCAUUGAUU